CAAUUACGCAAACCGUGGCAGUCGAAACUGAUGACGGUUAUUACCUUUCACAAGCUGAGGAAUGCUCGUAGCAAAGUGUCAACUGAGGAGCACAUAAAAUUGAGCAUAGAGCAGGUUUCGCUUCAACAAAGUUCUCGAGAAAGUUCCCUGACGCAGGCAGGGACAGAAAUGAGAAAACAGGCUAUUGCAGCGUUCAUGCCAAAAGGAUAUCCCGACUCUGUUGCAGAAAACUAUUGGGGUUUCACUAAAUGGCAGUUUAUACAUGUUGUCGCUGGUUCGAUAACCGGAGUUUUAUCUACGCAAUCGCUUCUUUAUGCUUUGGGGCUGGGAGCCAAUUCGAUUCCUCUUGCGGCAGCCUUGAAUUGGGUGAUUAAAGAUGGAUUGGGUCAUCUUGGGGGUGUGUUUUAUGCCGCAUUCGUCAGUGACCGCUUUGAUUCCGAGCCGAAACGACAUCGUCUUCGUUCCGUUCUUGCAAUGCAGGCGGCAUCUUUGCUAGAAUUGGUAACUCCCUUGUGGCCAAAUAUGUUCUUGUUAAUUGCGUCUCUUUCAAAUGUUGGCAAGAAUGUGGCAUGGUUGGCGGGUUCCGCAACUAGGGCGCAAAUGACUAAGACGUUUGCGUUGAGGGACAAUAUGGGCGAUAUUACUGCAAAAUCUGGGUCUCAAGGAACUGUGGCCGGUCUUAUAGGAACUGGUCUAGGCAUAGCAAUCAGCGCUGUAAUCACUUCGGCGUAUGCCAAUUACUCGUUGCUCUCACCAGCAGAACAGCUUGUGCCAAUGCUCAUUGCAUUCAUGCCUUUCUCUUUUCUUAAUAUUUAUGCAAGUUAUUACUCCAACCUUUACGUUACGACUCCAACGCUAAACAUCCCCCGGGCAGAAUUGAUCAUUCAUACCGUUCUUCACAAUCUUACUGUGUCCGAAAAACUGCUAAACGUAAAAGGAGCUUCCCCGGAUAACCAAGUCCCUACACCUAAGAAAAUAUCUCAAAAAGAAAGCUUUGUUGGAAAAUAUAUCUCGCCAUUUGAUAUUCCCCUUUUGGUCGAACCAUCAAUACAUCAUUACACUUCCCCGAUGUAUGCUGAUGAAUUGCACAACGCUUUGGAUCAGACACAGUUCAUUCACAAGGAAGAAUAUUUCAUUCUGCCACAUACCGGACACAGCAAACUCCGCAAAGCGCACGUUGUAUUAUGGUUCACAGAUAAUGCUAGCACACGUGAUUUUAUUAAAGGGUUCUAUCAUGCGUGUGUAUUAAGAUAUUGUUUGGGUGAAAGUAAGCUUAUACCAGAAAUGAAUGACAGGCGACUUCAUAAUUUAAUAACCAAUACGCACGAUUGGGUAAACGUAACUUUUGAUAGUUUCUUUGGCGAACUAGAUAGGCAAGGCUGGGACACAGAAUGUAUAUUCUUCGUUGAGAGAGAUGGCAAUAGGUUGAUCGUUGAGACAUAG